AUGAGUGCCGGUCCCCUGUAUCUCGGGUUCGAUCUAUCAACCCAACAGCUCAAGGCCAUCGUCGUCCAGUCUGACCUCACAGUCGUCUCCGAGGCCAAGGUCGACUUCGAUGCUGACUUCGGCAAGCAGUAUGGCCUGAAGAAGGGUGUUCUAACGAACGAGGCCGAGGGCGAGGUCUACGCCCCCGUCGCCAUGUUCCUCGAGGCAAUCGACCUUGUCCUUGAUCGCCUCAGCAAGAAGACUCCCAUGGACCGCAUCAAGGGCAUCAGCGGUUCGUGCCAGCAGCACGGCAGCACCUACUGGAGCCACGAUGCCGAAAAGCUCCUCGGCGGGCUCAAGGCCGACAAGCCUCUUGUUGAGCAGCUCAAGGCAGCCUUCUCGCACCCGUACGCCCCCAACUGGCAAGACCACAGCACGCAAUCGCAGUGUGACAAGUUCGACGCCAAGUUCGAGACGGCUCAGAGACUCGCCGAGGUCACAGGCAGCGCUGCUCACCACCGCUUCACCGGCACCCAAAUCAUGCGUCUUCGCCAGAAGCUCCCCGAGAUGUACGCCGCCACCUCCCGCGUCUCCCUCGUGUCCUCGUUCCUCGCCUCCGUCCUCCUCGGCACCGUCGCGCCAAUCGACAUCUCCGACGUCUGCGGCAUGAACCUCUGGGACAUCUCCGCCGGCAGCUGGAGCGAGCCCCUCCUCGAGCUCACCGCCGGCGGCAAGUCCGGCGUCGCGGACCUGCGCUCCAAGCUCGGCGAGCCGCGCCACGACGGCGGCGGCUCCAUGGGCUCCAUCGCGGCUUACUUUGUCCAGCGCUACGGCUUCAGCAAGGACUGCCAGGUCGCCCCCUUCACCGGCGACAACCCGGCCACCAUCCUCGCCCUGCCACUGCGCCCGAUGGACGCCAUCGUCUCCCUCGGCACCUCGUCCACCUUCCUCAUGGUCACCCCCGUGUACAAGCCCGACGCCGCGUACCACUUCUUCAACCACCCCUGCACGCCGGGCCAGUACAUGUUCAUGCUGUGCUACAAGAACGGCGGCCUCGCGCGCGAGAGCGUGCGCGACGCGCUGCCCAAGGCCGACGGCGGCGACCCCUGGGCCAGCUUCAACAAGGCCGUCCUCGACACCCCGCCGCUCGACGUCCGCUCGGCCGACGACAAGGCGAAGCUGGGGCUCUACUUUGACCUCCCCGAGAUCGUGCCCAACAUCAAGGCCGGCACGUGGCGGUACACGGCCAACCAGGACGGCAGCUCGCUCGAGGAGGCCGCCGCGCAGUGGAGCAAGGAGACGGACCCGCGCAUCAUCGUCGAGAGCCAGGCGCUGUCGAUGCGGCUGCGCAGCCAGAACCUCGUGCACAGCCCCAAGGACGGCCUCCCCGCACAGCCGCGCCGGAUCUACCUGGUCGGCGGCGGCUCGCUCAACCCGGCGAUCGCGAGGGUGAUGGGCGACGUGCUCGGCGGGUGCGACGGGGUGUACAAGCUCGACGUCGGGGGCAACGCGUGCGCGCUCGGCGGGGCGUACAAGGCGGUGUGGGCGCUGGAGAGGAGCGAAGGGGAGAGCUUCGACGAGCUCAUCGGCAAGCGGUGGAAGGAGGAGGGUGCGAUCCAGAAGGUCGACGACGGGUUCAAGGACGGGGUAUUCCAGAAGUACCAGCCGAUCGUGGGCGCGUUCGAGGAGAUGGAGCAACGGAUUCUGAAGGUUGCGCACAACUAG